UCGCUCUCUACAUCACUCCCAAACGACGUUACAGCACGACACCAAACCCAAUCAGUAGCCAAUACCAUCGGCAAGCCCAAAAGAUCCUAGGUCUGAAACGCCAAAAUUGCUCAGAUGGAGCCUUCUAGCAACGCCAGGUUGCUUCCGCCCCCGCCCCUUGAUGAACUCUUGAAGGAGAGGAAGCGGCAGACCUUGAGCUCAGAGACGGAGGAUGUGGAGUCAAGGAGGACAGGCAUCGAUGGAGAUGCCAUCACGAGGCGCUUGAUCCUGGAAGACUUCGAUAGCAGCUUCCUGAGGUUCAGCGAAGACACGGCAGGUCCGCACUCAUCCCACUCUCAAGACAAGGAUUACUCCUCCGAUGCUCAAUACCUCACCCCAGAUGACCCCUGGUCAGCCACGCCGAAUUCGACUUCCAGGCGGUCAUCCUCUGCGCUGUCUCACUUCGUCUUGCCUUCGCAGAGUCGCGAACCGACAGAUCUCAGGAGAGCUUAUGCCGAACAGCACACUCUUGAGCGUCAAAGCUCCGCCAAGCAUAUGCCUACAGCUCUGACAUCGUUGCCCGAAGUGGCAUGGAGAGGGUCCGUGGGCAGCGAUCGUCGUGAUACGAUGUCUGCCUCCCAGAAUCUGUCAUCAGAUGCUUCCUCCUCGGGGAACUCUCGAGCUUCUGUCUGGAGCAGAAGGACAAGUCAGAACAGCUACGAGACCCAUGGCAGCAGCCUAGCCGGGGAUCAUUGCGAUCCUCUUCAGACGUCGCAAUCUGCACCUUCAGAUCUCAGCACCUUCGCCAUGGGCAUCACCUCUGAUGACGCUCCACCUCCCAGGAUGUACAAAGCGCCCAUAGUGACGUCCAGUGGCUCUUUGAGCGCGAGAUCAUACUCACAGCCAGGUGGGCGAUACGAUCAUCAUAGGAACCCUUCAUGGGUACGUCGGCCGAUCCCUCAGCAGGACUCUGGCAGUGAUGCGGGGAAGGUCGGUACUCAGAGCGCUAGUCUGCCUUCAACGAUCGAAUCCUCUUUCGACAGUGCACCUCGGCCUGCGCCAAGACGGACGACGAGCCAACGUAGCUCACAGAGCAGCAAAUCUGCUGCUGCACCUCUGCCAGUGCUACCGGCAGGCGCCAUUCCCCCUCGCACCAAGUCGAGACCACGUGUUCAGUCUGAAUCGGCCUCAUCGAGCGGCAGGACGUCCAAAGCCCUGAGCGUUGAGACCAGACCCGCAUCUAAGCCGUCCAGCCCAUCCAGCCCAUCCAUGACGCCUUCUGCCUCUUACGACAGCAGCAUAGAGCGGCUGUCAUCUCCUCUCUCGCAUGGUUCACCGACUUCGCCUAGCACGCAAUCGACCCGUGUUGCCUCUUUGCGGCCCUCUGGUCUGCCGCGGUCCACCUCUUCAGGAAAAGGUAGUCUUCGUGCCGCCAGUAUUCGACUGGCCAGCCAGCGCCUGUCAAGAAAUGGUAGCAAAAGCUCCAUGGCAAGCACCAGCCGAGGCGGAAGUGGCAUGGAAGAGCUCGAAGAAGAGGGCAGCCUACUACCCUACGCCCGCAGUGAAGAUGAUGAGAGCCGUCGCAACUCGGUGGCAAUGUUAGACAUGGACGCAGUCGUUCGAGCACUCAACGACUCGAAAUUGCCAGCCAAUGCUGUCCAGGUGGCAGAAGAUGGAAAUGGGACCAUCGUCGAAGGCCAUGGACGUCAUCCAGAAGAUUUCGAGCAUGAGAUUGACGCUCAUACGACUCACCUUCUCAUCUCACACUGUAAGAGCGCAGAGCAGCUUCCAUUCUUGGAGCGUGCUCUGAGUCUCUGCUCAAACAGCCUUCUGGUUCUCGACAUCUCCAACGCUGGUCUUGAAUCGCUGCCCUCUAGUCUCUCAGAGUGUUCGCAGCUCGAGGAGCUCAAUGUGUCUGGCAACAAGCUCGGCUCUCUUCCGACUUGGCUGGGCGGCCUCUCGAAGCUCCGUGUUCUCGUUGCGGAUGGAGCCGAGCUUGGCUCGAUCCCGUAUGCCAUGCGUCGUCUGACCCUGCUCUCCGUCCUGAGCGUCAGGGGAAACCGCCUUUCCCACAUGCCAAGCUGGCUACACCUGCUGACCGGCCUCGAGCGGCUAUACGUGCAGGAUAACCCUUUCCAGGGUGCAUGGCAGGGGGUCAUUGCAACCUUGCUUCCUGGCCAACUUCCGAUGUCAUCAGCCUGUCAGGAUUUAUCACGCAUGCCAUGGGCAAUCGACGCGCAGGCCCGGGAGGAGUUGCCAGGCUCUCCGUCAGGAAGAGGCCGUCUCACGCCAAUGGGUUCGAGUCUGGCAUCCCCUCGGCAAGUAUCUGAAAGCAACCAGUCUCGCUUCAGCAACGACUCUUCACUUGUCGAAGUCCUCCAGGAUGACUCGAUCUCAAGCACUGGCGGCAAGAGCAGCGGCAAUAGGGCAAGCCCUAGCGGUGAAUUUGCAUCUCGUCGCAGCGCUCCUCGCCGGCCAAAGACGAGCGAGUCAGAUGGGAAGUGGGGGUUCUUUAAGCGGGUCACACGGAAAGGAUCCAACCCGAACAUGCACGAAGGGCUCAGCAUCUCUCAAAGCGAGGCAGGCGCCCAAAGCGAAGAUGAACGCACUGGGUCGGUUCUGCGCUUUAGGAAGUUUUCGUCCUCGUCCUCCAGGCCUGCUAUCUCACCUCUGAUGAAGAAUAUUCCAUUGAGCGAUAGCAUGUCCGGUCAAGAGAGGCCAGGCCUGAGUCAGAGAGGUCUUGUCGCAUCGUUGGAAUCGCCAGCGAAGUCACGUAGUGCGCGUUUGAGCUACCUACCCCUGCAGCAGUCCUCUGCGGCGUCAAAGGAGGGCAGUCAAGCUCUCGCGGAGGAAGAGCCGAUGGAGGAGCUGCGUCGUGUCAGAGCUCUCCUUUGCUAUCUCCGCGAUCUUGAUGAUCUCACUGCCAAGAGUACUACUCAGGCGACGCGUUCCGGAUCGAGCAGCAGUAUGUCGCAUCACAGCGGCAACGGAAGCUUCUCUUCGGGUCCAGGUGGCUCGCUUGCCAUGUCAAGUGUCUUGAGCGGCGACUCCUUCUUCAACGGGUGGGAUUCGCCUUCAGCCCCCAGUAGCGGAGCUUCUUCGCCUGUUCGGAGACAGCUCUCGAACGUGCAGCUGAAUGCUGACGCUCUGCCCAGCGCUGGAGAAAUCAAAGACAACUCUACAAGACGGAGACGGAUCGUCUCCGAAAUCAUCUCUACGGAAGAGUCUUACCUACGUGGUCUCCAGGAGCUUUGUGACAUCUAUGUCAAGCCUGCUCGUGUGCCCGAUCCCAGCAAUGGGCAGCCUGUCUUGACGCCUCAGGACCAUCGCGCUGUCUUUAACAAUGUCGAAGGGCUUCUACAGUUCCAUCAGGGCGCCUUCUUACCCUCUCUUCGUCAUGCUGCCGAUGCUCUUUUCACAUCCGAAGGUACUGAAAUGGACCCCGAGCAAGAUGCGCAGCUUACUGCAAGGGCUGCCGAAGCUGUCGCUGGCGUCUUCUGCAAGCACGCCGCUUUCUUCCGCAUGUACUCAACCUAUGUCAAUGGUUGUGAUGACGCUCAGGCUCGCAUCACUGCCUGGAUGGCUGCCAGCAGUGGUAGCAACCACGGUCUGUCCCUUGUCACAAAGGACACUGCUGGCAAAGACGCCGGAGAGGUAGCCAUGUCGUCCAGUCAGAGAAAGCGAUUCAAAGCCUUCAUGAAGCGCUGCAGAGCCGAUCCCCGACACACACAACUCAACCUGCAGAGCUACACUCUCCUUCCUGUUCAGCGGUUACCCCGCUACGAAAUGCUGCUCAAGGAGCUGGCAAGGAGCACCGAUCCCGCUCGCCUCGCGAACCCUGAUGCGGUCAACAUUGCCCUAGGCCAGAUCAUUACCAUCGCUGCCAGCGUCAACGAGAGCAAGAGGCAGUCGGAACAGGACAAGAAGCUUCUUGCUUGGCAGGGUCGUCUGCGGGGCAAGUGGCCGAUGCCUCUCGUUCAGCCUCACCGCCGCCUCGUACGUGAUGGGGAACUCACGCUACGUAGGGUCGUGCAGAGAACACCCGCUUUUGAUGUCCACAGCCCAGUUGAUGCAGAGGCAGCGCGGAAUGACGGAGCCUUUGGUGGACGUGGCAAGGAGGUCCAGCAAGUCGACUGUCUGAGACAGCAGACCUUCUCUCAGGUCCUCACGCUACUUCUCUGCAACGACAUCUGCGUCACGCUUCGUGAUCCCCGAUCUUCCUCGACCAGCUCAACAUUCACCUCAGUGGAUACUCGCCAAGUGGACCUCUUUGCCAUCCUGAGUCUUCAGCCGAACGGCCCCGACUCUCAAUUGUGUCAGCUGGUGGGCCAGUCGAAGCACCUCCGUGUGGUAGACUCCAAGAGAGUGUACUACUUCUCGGCCGCAACGCCUGCUGAGGCUGCUUCCUGGUGCGAGAGCAUCAACAAUAGUGUGAACCCCUGCUGAGCUUUGAUAGCGGCAAGAGCGCAGAGCACAAUUCGACGCGGCAGGGCCGGUUCCCGCCUUCAUCAUCCAACAUACAUUGAAGGA